AUGGCUUCAUUAGAAGGCAUGAUUAAGCUCGACUGUCGACAACGAUAUAUGCUCAGGACUCACGCAAAACUCUUACAAUGCGCUCAAAUUCCAGGAACUGAAGUCCCUCGUCCGGUGAACAGGAAUGAGAAGGGGCGCGUAAUCUUCACCUCUGUGGUCGCCUCUGGACGCGUGAAGAGCAUCAGCCGCCAUUCGGCAGGAAUUGGGGUGCCUCUCGAGCCGACAACAGGAACGGCCAGCAUGCUGGCUGCGAACGAGAAAAAUGACACUCAAAGCACCGCCUUUGUGCCUGGUCCUGCGUUCAAAUCCAGGGAGGGUGGCCUCGGCGACGAAGCUCUAUCGUUGCUCAUCCUGAAUCGGCUAGCAGCAGCAACUGAAUUGAGCUUCGCGCUUGGGAAGCGUGCCUUCAAGCAUUCAUCCUUCAUGGCCAGAGCGAAACGAACUCGUACGCAAUCAAGUCGACCAGAAGGUUCUCGCAAGAUAAGGAGCUCAUGCAGCUCGACGGAUGAACCAUACACAGAUGCAUCUACGGGAACCGGGAAGAGGAGGAUACCCGUAUGGUGUCUUGGCUGUGGGCAUGAUUGGCCGUGGAAGCGACAUAUUAAGAAGUCUAAUGGGACGAUUGUCCAGUGCGCGCUGGCAGAAGAAUACCAGCAUACAGGCACUCUUGAGGGGCUUCCAGAGCCGCUCACAGUGAAACCAUCGGAGGCCGAACUACAACAAGUCCGAGCGAUAUUUCCCCGCUGCGCGCAUGCGCCGAUAAAGUGUCCAAUGCACACUAAGGAGAAAGAGGCGAGUCCCUCCGGUUAUCCAGGCCCUCCCCGUUCUCCGGGCUCCCCGUCUGUUGUCACACCUCUUCGUCGGUCUCGGCCUCGGUCUCGCCCUCGUUGUCGUUGUCGUGUUCAGCGCGAGCAGGUGGAUUCGACGCUCCUGGUGGCUGGAGGAUCGUCACCAGACAGCAUAGUCUCCCGCCUCAGGCCUCGAAAGCGAAGGCCGAACUAUAGCGAGGCUGGUUCAGAUUCCGAAUCAGAGUCAAACACUGACUCUGGCUCUGACUCGGAGGCGAGAUCGGGCUUAGAAGAGGAAGAAGCGGCCAGAAAUGGAGAAGGUACCCUGCAGGGUGCCUUGGACGAUUCUGUUGUAGGGGAGGGUCAGGCUAACGAUGUCAUGCCUGUUGAUGGACAGAGUUGGGAAAGUCCGGCGUCCUUUUACUUGAUGGGGGACCAUCAGCCAUGGUUGGCCCCGGGUAUCAUACAACACCCCUUUCCACUGCUUCCCGGCACUUUCCCUAACUCGUCGCCCUCUUAUUCGCCUUCGGCGUAUCCGGAAUAUCCUUCGCCAUCGCAUCCUACUACAUCCCAGGCGCUCCUCCAGUCACAUUGGGUCCACAAUCCAGUUUUCCCUGUCUACAACGGCUUCGGACAGACUGCGAUCCCUAUCCCUCCUGUGCCACCUACACCACGUACCCUACUAGGUCCAUCAGCUCCUACUGCCGCUUCCUAUCCCUCAGGUGUUUUUGCACCAGUGCCCUUGGAAGCACUGUUCGAUAUGGACCGUUACAUGCUGUAG